GCCACAACUUCAGCAAGACCGCACCGGUGUGUGGCAUCGUUUGCUUUUUAUGCUUUUCUCUUUAAAACAACGUUGUUUUGGGUUCCAAAAAAAAAAAAAAAAAAGAAGGGGGCGGCGGCAAUUAAACUGCAGCAUCUCUUGUCACAGAGGUGUUUACGGGCGCAGGAGGGGGGGGGGGACAUUAAUCACGCUUAUGACGUCUCCUGUUUUCAUCUGGAUAGUGACACCCAGGUAGUGCGCACGGUGUAUAUGAGUCACGCAUUCGCGGAUAAAGGUCCUCCGGCGGCAGACAGCGACACCCCCACCAACCGGUGUGUUGGCCCCCCCACAGGCGCCACAGAUGAAAGGGAGGGGGGAGUUGGCCCCUUCCUCCUUCUCCGCCUCCUCCUAUUUCCACCUCAUCCCGCCGGACUCAUCACCCGUCCUGAUUGAUCGUCGGGUGUCUUCCCGGAGGAAGCCCUCCUGCGAGGAGGACCGCGCGCGGGGGUAGAGAGUACGUGGGCGAAUGAAGGAGUUUGGAUGCGGGAUUGAUGGGCACACACCUCCUGCACGCGGGAGCAGCAGCAGCAGCGGCGGCAGCAGCGCGCGCCGGGGUCCCCGUCCAGCAGUUCCCGCGAGCUGAGCUGCCAUCGGCGCGUGGGAAAAUGACAGUCAGGCUCGCGGUCACCCUCUUCACACUUCUUCUGCUCGCCCCGGCUGCUCGUUCUGAUCUACUGGAAUAUGGCGACGACGAGGAGGACCUCCACGACACCACCGUCAACCAGAUGCUGGUGCCCCGGUCGCACCAGGAGGACGCAACGCUCAUCCUCAACAACCUGCUGAGGGAGUACGACAAGACCCUGCGGCCGGACAUCGGGGAGAAGCCGACAGUCAUCGACGUGGGCAUAUACGUCAACAGCAUUGGGCCCGUGUCAUCCAUCGAUAUGGAGUACCAGAUCGAUAUCAUCUUUGCCCAGACUUGGGUGGACACCCGUCUGCGGUAUAACAGCAGCAGCAUGCGGAUUCUGACCCUCAAUAGCAAUAUGGUCGGCCUGAUCUGGCUGCCUGACACCAUCUUCAGGAACUCCAAGAACGCCGACUCGCACUGGAUAACGACGCCUAAUCAGCUGCUUCGCAUCUGGAACAACGGGAAGAUACUUUACACGCUGAGGAUGACCAUCAACGCAGAAUGCCAGCUGCAGCUUCAUAAUUUCCCGAUGGACGAACACUCCUGUCCUCUCGAGUUCUCCAGCUAUGGCUACCCGCGGGACGAGAUCGUAUACAAGUGGAAGCGAAAGUCGGUGGAGACUUCGGACCAGAAAUACUGGAGGCUUUACCAGUUUGACUUCAUGGGGCUCCGCAACACGACGGACGUGCUCAAAACCACGGCAGGUGACUAUGUGCUGUUGACAGUUUAUUUUGACCUGAGCAGAAGGAUGGGCUAUUUCACCAUCCAGACCUACAUCCCGUGUAUUCUCACCGUGGUGCUCUCCUGGGUUUCAUUCUGGAUCAAAAGCGACGCCACGCCUGCCAGGACAACCCUAGGCAUCACUACAGUGCUGACCAUGACCACCCUGAGCACCGUGGCCAGGAACUCCCUGCCCAGAGUGUCCUACGUGACGGCCAUGGACCUGUUUGUCACCGUCUGCUUCCUGUUCGUCUUCGCCGCCAUGAUCGAGUACGCCAUGCUCAAUUACUACUCCUACAUUAUACGCAGACCACCUCCCAAGAUGCAGAGAAUGGCCUACUCGUCCUUCAACAUGGGUCGCACGCCUCGGUCCAUGAUGCCAAUGGGCAACUCUUUGUUCUGGCAUGACUAUGACGACAGCUGCCUGUACGAGUGCCUGGAUGGCAAAGACUGCAAGAGCUUCUUCUGCUGCUUCGAAGAGUGUAAAGAAGGUGGUUGGAGGAAAGGACGGGUCCACCUCAACAUCCAGGAGCUGGAUUCCUACUCCCGGGUGUUUUUCCCCACCUCCUUCUUGCUUUUCAACAUAGUCUACUGGGUCAGCUACCUCUACCUCUAGUCUGAUUGGGCGGUGCUCUUUGGACCCUGUUGGAAAAGCUCUCAUCGUUUGGCACCGCGAAUGGAGACGUGAGGUCUUAACAAAGAGUAGUGGAGGAAAUUAGCAGGCUCUGGUCUGUGGGAAUUUUUUACAGACAUGCUUCAGGGGUGAUAUUUUGAUGGCCAGGACUUUCAGAACUGGCCUUUCACAGACUACACUUCUCCAACAAUGACAACUAAACUGUCAGGAUUAACCUGAAAGGAAAGGCCAACUUUGGGACUUGAGAGAAGUUCGGGGACAGGGUUGCAAAGCUGAAUCUUGGACAUCGAGAUAGCCAAGCACCCAUAGUGCCUUCUCUGGAAAGGGUGCGGCAACGAAGUACGCGGCUUCAGAGUUCCCCUCCAUUUUUCUUUUCCACUUCAUCCGUCACAGCCGCGGCCAAUGCUGAGCUGUCUAUCUGCUGAGAAUCAGUUUUUCACAAAUGGACACGUUUAAACCUGAUGCUUUUAUUUUGUAGCACCUUAGCUUUAGUUCUAUACUAGAAUUAGUUCUUUUCCUAUGGUGACAUUUCUCUUUUCUUAUAACAGUCGGUCGUGGUUUCACGGCGAUGCAGCUACAUUGUUACUUGUUGAGUUAGCGCCCGGGUCGUCUGGUAGAGCCGCAUCAUCGGGUCGGUAAGCCGCUGUUUCUGAUGCUUUAUGACCGCAGGAUGCAGUUUACAACAGAUGCCAAGAAGAGUUGGGGGAGUUUUAAUACCUGCUGGGUUCCAUUCUUACACACCAAAUGUAUACCAACCAAACUAAAGUUGCAACUCCUAGCCCUGGGAAUAUUAUGUAUGUUUAAGUACGCAAAUAAGAUUAGAUAUAGGACUGCUUUCCGGGUUCUCAUCGAGAGCAGAGCUUUAUUCUAUUAAAUAUGCUUUUUUUACUGUCAUCUUUAGUUUCAGUUCCUUUGUAAAUGAAAAGUUUGGUAGGUUUGUUUCUUAGUAUUUUUUUUAUCCAUCUUUGUCGAUUCAACUUGACACAUUUUUAGAGCACUUCUAGCUGUUAUCAGGAGUUCUGCUUAGUCUUUCCCCACGCUCAAAAUCUCUUAAUCUCUAUAAUCUAGAUUUUCAUGUCAUAUUCAGACCUUUUUCAGUUUUAGCUCUACUUUUGAAUCUAAUCGUACUUUUUAAACAUACACUCCAGGAAUUCACAGAUGAGAUAUAUUACUGGAUUAGGAAAAUGUUUCCUUCACAAAAAGACAAUCAGAAUUUCUUGUAGUUUUCUUCACAUCCUUUUGUUUCUUCUAGUAAUUUGAUUGCUUAUUUUUGUGACAUACUAUGAGUAUCUAUGGUACUGGUCUGUUUUCCGUGAGAUGGUUGUGAACUUUAAUGUCUGGAAGCGUGGUAAAGCUGUUUUGCCAAGUGAACUGUGAUUAAACUUGAACUUUUAAAGAAA